AAAAAAACAAAGAGCAACAACAAUCAUCCAUGUUUCGAUCAAGAAACAGCUGGCUACCUCCACAUUUAAGGAAACAACAACAGCAGCAGCAGCAGAACGACGAACAACACAAGCGAAAAGUCAAUGGUUUAUUAAACAAACUCACAGCAGAGAAUUUCGAUUCGAUCUCUGAUCAAGUAUGGGACCAAGCACGACAAGGAAACGUACCGCACAAGACAUUGAAAGAUGUGGUAGAGAUGGUGUUCAUCAAGGCUUGCGACCAACACCAAUUUGCCGAGAGCUGGGCCAGACUUUGCAAAAAACUCAACGAUUCUAUGGAUCUGCCAGAGAACAAGUCAAUCACUGAUCCAGACGUCAAGGAUACAAAGAACAACGACAGAGUGGUCUCGGGACGUCUCUUGUUUCGACGGUACUUGCUGGAUCGAUGUCAACAACAGUUUGAAGCAGCCGCCAGUAGUGGUGAGCAAAAGAAACAAGAAGAAAAAACGGAAAUGUUAUCCGACGCGUAUUAUGAUCAAGUCAAGGCGAAACGUAUGAAGCUUGGGCUGGCCGUGUUUAUUGGUGAACUUUACAAGCAAAAGCUGUUGGUCGAUAACGUGGUCAAGGGAUGCUUGAAUUCACUCGUCGAGGAUGUCACUGCCGUUACGGAUCAGGAACUGGAGAUGGUGUGCAAGUUGCUCUUGACAGUGGGUGCUUUAUUUGAUUCGGUAAACACAACAGAGGCUUGGUUGAGCCACUAUAUGCGGCGCAUCAAGCUGAUCAUGGAAACAAACACAGAUUUGAGCACGCGAGCCAAAUUUAUGGUCAUGGAUCUUAUCGACUUGCGCAAAAGAUCCUGGGUUGCUAAGCGCUAA